AUGGUAAACGUAACGACUCCCCUGCGCAUCGGCGCCCUCAUCUUCCCGGGUUUCACGGGUCUGGAUCUGUUCGGGCCGUUGCAGGCUCUCAACUCGGGCCUUUCACUGCAACACCCCCUGACUCUGUCCUUGCUCUCGACCAACAUGGACCCAGUCAGUAUCGAUCGGCCCGUUCUCACCGGAAUCGUCAUCGGGAAUGCGUCUACAUUUGCCUCGCCGGACUUCACUGAAUACGAUCUGCCUACGCACACGCUGGAUGAUGCCCCCGAGCUGGAUAUUAUCAUGGUCCCAGACGGCGGCGGUACUCGCAACGUCAGUGCGACCCAGCCGCACGUAGACUGGCUUAGCGAGCGUAUCGACCCAAAGACUUCGAAGCUCAAGUACCUCCUCACGGUAUGCACAGGCGCCUCCCUCGCGGCGCGGACGGGACACCUUGCCGGGCGCAAUGCCACGACCAACAAGGCGGCCUUCAACUGGGUCAAGACGGUCGAGGGCGCCGACAAGGUGCACUGGAUCGCCAAGGCGAGAUGGGUCGUCGACGGUAACAUCUGA